UUGGUAGCAUAUUAGUGACAAGUGACAACCGUUACAAGGCAACACCCACCUCGAAUUGAGCAUUUUUCAUGCCUACAACCCCUAAACCUUGGAGAAUAUUAUCCACUCAUUUCUCAACACGUUGUUAUUACAUUCCUACCGCAUUACCCCGCGCAUUUUAGCACCUACUCGUACGCUCUCAGACCCCAACCGCUUUGGCAGAAGCUAACAUGCACUUGAUUCCUUUUUUUAUUUUUUUUAAUUUUUUUAUUUUUAUUUUUCCCUUUAUUUUUAUUCUUUGAGAAAAUAGAAAAGCUAUCUCUUUCAGACGAGAUUCAGUUAACAAACUACCAAUAUAAUUUAACCGGUGAGAGGCGAGUAAGACCACCCCUGGAUCAGUAUAUAAAACAGAGCAUUUCCCCAAACAGACUCAUAUAUAAAAAUAAUAAAUAAAAAUAAAAAUAAUAAAAAAAUAUUCUGGGGUUAUGGCACCUCUAAAGCUGCAGUUUCUUGAGAUUCGUGUCGGGUGUGUUUGAUUUCUUAUAUUCAUUUUCAUUUUCUAAAGGGUAUAGUACUUCUCACUGAAAGUAAGGAAAGAAAGAAAGAAAACUUCAUUAAUUGAAGAUAACUUGAGUUACCCAGAUCAGUAAUCGUACCAAUUUUAAUGGAGUCAAACAAGAGCUUUUCUCAAGAUAUGGAUGAUGAAUAUGAGAAAUUGAUCAGAAGAAUGAACCCUCCAAGGGUUGUGGUUGACAAUGAAAGUUGCAAGAAUGCAACAGUAAUACAGGUGGAUAGUGCAAAUAGGCAUGGAAUACUUCUUGAAGUUGUUCAAAUCCUUACUGAUCUUAACCUUGUGAUAACUAAGGCUUAUAUAUCAUCUGAUGGUGGAUGGUUCAUGGAUGUUUUUAAUGUGACUGAUCAUGAUGGGAACAAGAUCACAGAUGAAGAAAUCCUUGAUUAUAUUCAAAAGUCUUUAGGUCCAGAUUCCUCAUGUUUUGGAAGAUCAGUUGGGGUAGUUUCAUCAACAGAAUACACUACUAUUGAGAUGAUUGGAAGAGACAGGCCAGGACUUCUAUCUGAGCUAACUGCUGUACUGUGUCACCUCAAAUGCAAUGUGGUGAACGCCGAAAUCUGGACUCAUAAUACUCGAGCUGCAUCGGUGAUGCACAUAACCGAUCAACAAACUGGUUUUGCAAUCACCGACUUAGAGAGGCUUUCGAGGAUCAAGGAACUUCUAUGCAACGUGCUCGAAAGUAGUCAUUCAAGGGAAGCUAAAACCAAGGUGACUCAUGUCACCACACACGCUGAACGAAGACUUCAUCAAAUGAUGUUUGACGAUAGGGAUUAUGAACAAGUUGGUGACGAGGAAGAGGAAGAUGACGACAGGCAGAGGCCAAAUGUGGGCGUUGUUAAUUGGUACGACAAAGAUUACUCGGUGGUUAGUGUUCGGUGUAAAGACAGGCCGAAGCUUCUCUUUGAUACAGUUUGUACAUUAACUGAUAUGCAAUAUGUCGUUUUCCAUGGUAGUGUUGAUGCUGAAGGGCCUGAAGCUUAUCAGGAAUACUACAUUAGGCAUAUCGAUGGAUCUCCGGUUAAAUCGGAUGCGGAGAGGCAAAGGAUCAUACAUUGUCUUGAGGCUGCUAUUAGAAGAAGGGUUUCCGAGGGUUUGAAGCUCGAGUUAUGCACAACUGAUAGGCCUGGACUACUCUCGAAUGUGACACGAAUUUUUCGAGAGAAUAGCCUUACAGUUACCCAAGCAGAGGUGACAACACGGGGAGGCAAAGCUGUUAACACCUUCUAUGUCCGUGAUGCUUCAGGCUAUCCGGUUGAUGCCAAGACAAUAGACUCGAUAAGACAAGUUAUCGGACAAACGAUACUAAAAGUGAAGGGAAACAGCAGCAAAGAACGGAAACAGAAAGCGGCUGAAGAGUCUCAAUCUAGCAUAUUUGGGGGUCUCUUUAAGUCGAGAUCCUUUUGUAAUUUUGGAUUGGUUAGGUCCUACUCUUAAAAAAGAUAUGUAAUCCCGUUCAUUUCUGUAAAUGUUAGGCCAUUGUAGUGGACAAACAUCAUGAUUCAGAAUAGGGAAUUAUGGAAUUCCAACUUCUAGUUGGUACUUGGUAUCCUUAUUAGGAGCAUUGGUCUUUUUGAGUGAACAUUACUCAUGUUGAGUAAUACAAGUGUAAAUACUAGUUGUUGGUUACUUGUCUCUAUCAAUUUACGGUUUUUCUGAUCUAUAUAUCAGGAUUCAGGUGCAUAUGUUUAGUUUACGAAAUAGGUAAACUUGUUGAAAUAUGAUUUGUAAUAUUCUCUAAGAUUGACAAUAAUAGUAAAUUUUUAGAGAAUAUAUCAAUUUAAUUUUAACAAAUUUAUCUAUUUUGUAAUCUAACCUAUGCAUCAGGUGCAUAGAUAAGAAAAACUGAUUAAUAUAAUUUUCUAGUUGCGAAUUAUAUUGUGCAAAUUGUUGUAAAAUGG